AUGACUGGUCCGUCAAUCCAAGAUCGAACCAGCGAGUUCAGCGCUAUUCUGGGUCAAGCCCAGAAGCGCAUGGGCACAUCCAAAGUCGGUUCACAACGCCAGGCAUUAUUGACAGACGCGCAAAGGCGACAAGCAAAUGCAUCACCGCAAGGCGCUGCGCAGGAGGCCAAGGUGGCCCGAUCGGAGUUUGCGCGGAGAGCUCGUGAUAUUGGAAGGGGCAUUACAGGAACAAUGGCAAAAUUGCAGCGAUUGGCCGAACUGGCGAAGCGGAAAUCACUUUUCGAUGAUCGACCCGUCGAAAUAUCCGAAUUGACAUAUGUGAUUAAGCAAGAUCUUGCCGGACUCAACCAGAGCAUUGCCUCGUUGCAAGCCCUCACCCACGCGCAGCAUCCGAAGUCGAAUCGCUCCAAGACAGAUCAAGAGGGUGAACACAAUGAUAACGUCGUUGUUAUGCUGCAAGGAAAGCUGGCCGAUGUAGGCGCCAGCUUCAAGGAAGUGCUCGAGGUCCGCACGAAGAAUAUCCAAGCCUCGCGAACACGAACCGAGAACUUCGUUUCCUCGCCUUCGAAUCCUUCACCCCUCGGGCGCCCAUCUUUCCAAUCAGACCAACAGUUAAUGGUUAUGGAAGAAGGAGAGUCCAGCAACACAUAUGUUCAGGCACGAGGCGAAGCCAUUGAAGCCAUUGAACGAACCAUUAGUGAAUUGGGUGGUAUCUUUGGCCAGCUGGCACAGAUGGUCAGCGAACAGUCAGAAAUGAUCCAACGCAUUGACGCCAACACUGAGGAUGUUGUGGACAACGUCCAAGGUGCCCAGCGUGAACUGAUGAAAUAUUGGACGCGUGUGUCCGGCAAUCGCUGGCUCGUUGCUAAGAUGUUCGGUGUCCUGAUGAUCUUCUUCCUUCUCUGGGUCUUGAUUUCGUGA